UUCCGACGCCCGUAACGAGCCUGGGCCUGGGUACAAUCAGAAUUACAAGAAUGAUCUUCGAGCCAGCAUGCAACUGAACGUCUGGAUCAUGAAGCUGGUCGGUACGUGGCCGCUGGAACUUUCCCGGCUCGAGACGCUGGCGAUUCGGGCGCUGAACGCGAUCUGCUACAUGCUGCUGGCCUUCCUCCUGAUCCCCAGCAGCAUGUUCAUCGUCCUGGAGAUCAAGGACUUCUACAAUCAACUGAAGCUCGGCAGCGCUCUCACCUUCUUCUUCAUGGCGGUGAUGAAGUACAGCGCCCUGCUUCUACGCGAGGGCGACAUACGCAAAUGCGUCGACUACAUCGAGGGUGACUGGAGAAACGUGAGGUACACGGACGAGAGGAGGAUCAUGCAGGAGAACGCGAACUUCGGCCGCCGGCUGGUGGUCGCCUGCAGCGUCUUCAUGUACGGCGGCGUCCUGUUCUACUGGGUGGCGAUACCGCUGGCUCGCGGCAAGACCGUCGAUGAGGACGGCAAUCUCACUUAUCGCAGACUGGUGUUCCCGAUACCCAACGUGAUCGUCGACGCCCGUCGCAGCCCCGCCAACGAGAUCCUGUAUUUCGUCCAGCUGCUCGGCGGCUUUAUCGCCCACAACAUCACGGUGGCCGCGUGCGGCCUGGCGGCCAUCCUCGCGAUGCAUGCCUGCGGACAAUUGCAGGUGCUCAUAUCGUGGAUAAAUCAUCUAGUUGACGGUCGAGAGGGCGUUAAUGACACCACGGAUGAGAGACUGGCUAAUAUAAUACAAUUACACGUUCGUAUCUUGAAUUUCAUAUCGCUAACUGAGGAAUUAUUACACGAGAUAUCUCUGGUGGAAGUCGUGGGAUGUACAUUAAAUAUAUGUUUUCUCGGAUAUUAUUGCAUGAUGGAAUGGGAUUUCAAGCAACCCGUAAGCGGCUUAACAUACUUGAUACUCCUCAUUUCGCUUACGUUCAACAUAUUCAUAUUUUGUUACAUAGGCGAACUAGUAGCGGAACAGACCAUAAAAGUACGUGAGAGCUCGUACAUGAUCGACUGGUACCGACUUCCGGAGAAAAAGAGCCUUGCUGUUAUCUUAAUAAUCUGUAUGUCCAAUGCGACCACCAGGCUCACUGCUGGAAAUAUAAUCGAAUUGUCCAUCAGCAGCUUCGGUGACGUUAUCAAAUCAUCUCUCGCUUAUUUGAACAUGCUACGAACAUUUACCACUUGA